AAACCAGACAAGCUAUCGUUUGACUUCUUUUCACCUUUUCAUCGUCUCUCUUUUCAUCAUAUGUACCUCGGUGCCCUCUCUCUCUCUCCAGCUUUCUAUAUUGUCCUAAAAUCCGUAGGCAGUGUCUCCUGCCGAGAGCUUAUCACGAGCCAGAAGGCAGAAGGGAGGAGGGGAGGAACCACAGGGCUUCGCAUCUGAGAGAGAUGGGAAGGGCUCCGUGCUGUGACAAAGCCAAUGUGAAGAAAGGGCCUUGGUCUCCAGAGGAAGACAGACAGCUCAAGGAGUACAUGGAGAAGUAUGGCACUGGUGGAAAUUGGAUUGCUCUCCCUCACAAAGCUGGCCUGAAGAGAUGUGGCAAGAGCUGCAGGUUGAGAUGGCUAAACUAUCUGAGACCAAAUAUUAAGCAUGGGGACUUCACUGAUGAUGAGGACAGGACAAUCUGCAACCUUUAUGCUAGCAUUGGAAGCAGGUGGUCCGUCAUAGCUUCCCACUUGCCAGGAAGGACUGACAAUGAUAUAAAGAACUACUGGAACACCAAACUGAAGAAGAAACUCUUGGGGUUCCCACCAUCCCAAAGAAAGCCCUAUCAGCAGCAGCAGCAGCAGCAUCUCUUCCCGUCUAAUCUUGAUAUCGGGAGUGUUUCAUUCUCAUCACCACCAAGCCUUGAAGACAUGCAGAUCUCCCAGUAUCUCCUGAACCCUAUAGCCACACCCACUUUCUCCUCCUCCCUGCCACAAGCCUCAAAGCAUCAAUUUCGUGUCAAGGACAAUCGCAGCCUCCUCAUGUUUGGUACCGAGCAGAGCUGCAGCUCCUCCGAUGGGAGUUGCAAUCAGAUCAGCUAUGGGAGUAAUGUAGAUUACGAGCUUUAUAAUGGUGGGCAACAGCUGGGCUCUCUUGACAGCUUUCUCCAUUGCGGGACACAAGGAACCGAGAAGCUGUUGCUCGGUGGUGGUGGGGGCUCAUCGGAGUGCAAUAUCGAGGAGAUUAAGCCUUUGGUUAGCCCAAUCAAUUGGUACAACAGCCCCUUUGGGGAUGAUUUAAACGGUGCGGCAACUAAGGACGUCAGCUUAAAGACCCAGGGACGCGCCACGUACUACUACUGACUGCUGUAAUAAUUAUAAGAAUUUUUUCUAUUUGGAGGUAAGUCUGUGUGAGAUCUGAUGGAAGACUUUGACGGUACAUAGGUUAAAAGUGAGUGUUGGCUUUUCUUGUACGUACUUCCCGCUUGUGACAUGAUGUUUGUGUGCGAGGGGGUGUGGUGAAAUCCCCUUAAACUCAGCAUCAAGAAUAUCGUAUGCCUUUAGUGUUUCAGUGUUCUCUAGCACUGGUAGCAGCGUUAGUCUCUUGAGAUCAUCAUUGUGAGAUUAGAAGCAAACGAACACCGAUCUCUUUCUUUUU